AUGGGAGAUAUAGAAGAGAUACGACAAAGAUAUAAUACACGUGUUGAUUUUAAAUUUACACCGAAUAUAUUUCUGCAACUGUUGAAUGAAAAGAAGUUAUUAGAACAAAGAAAGAGAGAGCGAGCCGAGAAAGGGUUAGUACGGACGUUUGUGUUGAUAAAAGUCGAGAAGGAGGAGAAUUCGACGUUGCGACUGAAUGUUGAACGGAGUUAUGAUGUGCGAAAUGUUAGUGUAGCACUUUAUGUGAGUGGGGAGAAUGUUCCUUUACUUCAAGAUGUUACUGUUGAGAAUGGGAAGCAAACGGUAGACCUUUCUAUAGGUAAUAUACACGGGUAUGUCGAUAUAAAAGCGUUGGUCAAUAAGAAAGUAGUUGGUCAGUUGUGUUGUGUUGGUAUUGGAAAAGCAAAGGAAAGAGAUUGGAUGUCCGUGCAAGUCACAACACUCAGUACUUAUCCAUUACUUGUCGAACAAAAUCGAUUUGGAGUGGUCUUCACAAUUCAAGACAUGAGCGAAGAAGGAGACCAGCUUUUCAUUUAUCAUUCACACCAUUCAAAACAAAGUGAUACAAUGGUAUUACCAUCAAUCACCCUCAAAGCAGGAACAAUUAAAUGGUUCGUCCAAUUACAAAAGGGAGAAUAUCUGGCUAAGUACUACAGAGCACCAGUAUCUACUGUGGGACCUACUUCACCUUAUGUCUCUUUUAUGGAAUUCAAAAUUUGA